GGGGCCUGCGGGGGGCGGGGCCGCGCGAGGGUGGGGCGGAGCCGGCGGCGGCGGCGCGGGCCGCAGCUCCGCAUUCGAACCUCCCUCGCAGGCGGCCUCCGCCCCACAAUGCACCGCGGCGGGCAGCCUUUGAAAAAGCGGCGCGGCUCGUUCAAGAUGGCGGAGCUCGACCAGUUGCCUGACGAGAGCUCUUCGGCAAAAGCCCUUGUCAGUUUAAAAGAGGGAAGCUUAUCUAACACAUGGAAUGAAAAGUACAGUUCUUUACAGAAAACUCCUGUUUGGAAGGGCAGGAACACAAGCCCUGCUGUAGAAAUGCCUUUCAGAAAUUCAAAACGAAGUCGACUCUUCUCUGAUGAAGAUGACAGACAAAUAAAUACCAAGUCACCUAAAAGAAACCAAAGGGUUGCAAUGGUUCCACAGAAAUUUACAGCAACAAUGUCAACACCAGAUAAGAAAGCAUCACAGAAGAUUGGUUUUCGAUUACGUAACCUACUGAAGCUUCCCAAAGCACAUAAAUGGUGUAUAUAUGAAUGGUUCUAUUCAAAUAUAGAUAAACCACUUUUCGAGGGUGAUAAUGACUUCUGUGUAUGCCUAAAGGAAUCUUUUCCUAAUUUGAAAACAAGAAAGUUGACAAGGGUAGAGUGGGGAAAAAUCAGGCGGCUAAUGGGAAAACCACGGAGAUGUUCUUCUGCAUUUUUUGAGGAAGAGAGAUCAGCAUUAAAACAGAAGCGGCAAAAAAUAAGGCUCUUACAACAAAGGAAAGUUGCAGAUGUCUCACAGUUCAAAGACCUCCCAGAUGAAAUCCCUUUGCCUCUGGUUAUUGGAACCAAGGUUACAGCCCGGCUACGUGGUGUUCAUGAUGGUCUCUUCACUGGACAGAUAGACGCUGUAGACACACUUAAUGCUACUUAUAGAGUAACUUUUGACAGGACAGGGCUGGGGACUCAUACCAUUCCUGACUAUGAAGUUCUUAGUAAUGAGCCUCAUGAAACAAUGCCAAUUGCUGCCUUUGGACAGAAACAGCGGCCUUCUCGAUUUUUUAUGACCCCACCGCGACUACAUUAUACCCCUCCUCUCCAGUCUCCAAUCACAGAUAAUGACCCUUUAUUAGGGCAGUCACCUUGGAGAAGUAAAAUUUCUGGCUCUGACACUGAAACGUUAGGAGGUUUUCCAGUAGAAUUUCUUAUUCAAGUGACUAGAUUAUCAAAAAUUCUCAUGAUUAAAAAGGAGCAUAUCAAGAAAUUAAGGGAAAUGAACACAGAAGCUGAAAAACUGAAAUCAUAUUCCAUGCCAAUCAGCAUUGAAUUUCAGCGGAGAUAUGCAACCAUUGUUUUAGAGCUUGAACAACUGAACAAGGACCUAAACAAAGUUUUACAUAAAGUUCAACAGUACUGCUAUGAGCUUGCCCCAGACCAGGGGCUCCAGCCAGCUGAUCAGCCAACAGACAUGAGGCGCCGCUGUGAGGAAGAGGCCCAGGAGAUCGUUCGGCAUGCAAAUUCCUCCACUGGACAGCCUUGUGUUGAAAACCAAAACCUCACAGACCUGAUCUCCAGGCUUACAGCUAUUUUACUACAAAUUAAGUGUCUAGCAGAGGGAGGAGACCUGAAUUCCUUUGAAUUCAAAUCACUUACAGAUUCAUUAAAUGAUAUCAAGAGUACAAUAGAUGCUUCUAAUAUCAGUUGCUUCCAGAAUAAUGUAGAGAUCCACGUGGCACACAUUCAGAGCGGCCUGAGCCAGAUGGGGAACUUGCAUGCCUUUGCAGCCAACAACACCAAUAGAGACUGAGGCCAAGCGGCCACUCACAGUCCGCCGGCCGGAGGCCUGUCCCUCUAUUCAGCUUCGCGUUUCCAGUGGCCUGGCUGCUGGGGAAGGAGGGGUGUAAGUCCCCCGCGGCAUUGAGUACCGCCCGCCCUGCCACCUGGCCCGGACUCCCUUCCCUUAUUAGCCACAUGCAGUAGCACUGCUUACGUUACCUUCGUUUACUAGCCAGUGUUUUAAGCUUCAAGUGUCUACACAGAGUGUUUCAUGGAAGAAUGCGUUCAUUCUUUUUAAGUGCAUGAAUUGAGUUCAGAAGGUGCCGGCAGCUAUUGCUGUGGAGAACAUGCUGCUGCCACAGAGAGUGAGAAGGAACUCGGUGUGUCUGCAUGGCAGCAGCCGUGGGCAGUGCGUGGGGAGCGGUUCCUCCCAGGUGCGCACAUCCAGCUUCGGGAGAGGUCAUGUGGGCUGUGGAGAGCCUGGGGCCGGUGGAGGUGUGGCUCCACCAGCCUGCGUCUCACACCUGGGUGUGAUGUGAGGGGGCCGCACAUAGCUGAGAGCAGUGAAGACUUUAAUUUAUCUAAUUUAUAAAAAGGAUUGCCUUUGGUGUCUGCGUUUGGAAGAAAAUGAAGGAGCAGGGGGCCGAGACAGAGAGGGGCUGGCGUCAGCAGCUGGGCUCGGCGUGCCUCUCCUGCCGUUGAGGGCAAAGUGCUGCGGAUACUAGAUUUAUUUAAAGAAGACUGGUAACACACUAUUUUCAUACGUUUUGUUUAUUUGCACAAUUUUUAAACCAGAUUACUGGUUAAAAUCCAACAGUACAAGUUUGUAAGUAAAAAUAUUUUAUAAGGAAAACAAAGAUAACUGGUGUUGUAAAAUGCAGAAAGGUUUGAUUUUGGUUAUUUUGUUUUUUUUGUUUUUAAAAAAAACCUUGCCUAAAAUGUUAAUCUUGUAAAAAGUAUAUAUUUUGAAUUCUCUUCAUUUUAAUAUAGAAUAUUAUAAAGCCAAAAUAUAAUAAAUUGUCUUCAGAUUUGGAGUUUAAGAUAUAGCUGAAUGGGUGGUUCUGAUUCUUUCAGAGGCCUCAUAAGAUGAGGCUUUUUAUAUGCUAAUGUAUAAUAAAAUAAGAUUAUUUUCCAGUUGAGGUUUUUGUAUAGUUUAAAAUGCUUCUGUGUUCUUUGUUAGUCUUGUGCCACCGCAAAACUUUAGUGCAGAGUUUAUAUUUAGCUAAACUGUUAAGAAAUGCAAAGUCUUUUAUUAAUAUUUGUAAUUCCAAAUAAAUUGAUCUAUGAAAAUUUA